AUGUGCAGUAACUUUUCGUCUCCUCUUCCUAUUCCUCCUCCUCCUCCUCCUCCACCUCCUCCUCCUCUUCUCGUCUUCCUAUCAUGCUCCUUACAGCUGACAAAGGUUGGUGGAGAUCGCCUUCGGGUUCAUCCUCCUCUACACCUCAUGGCAAGAAUCGGAUGGACCAUCGCCAUCGGCAUGAUUGAUGACGAAAACCUUCCAUCUCUACUUCCCUUAUCAUCAGCCAAUGUCAAACAAUCGCAUGUACUCGCUGAAAAGGAACCACAGCCCCACGAAAUAAUCAAAUACCUCUACAACGAAUGUCGAUCAGCAAUGGGAAAAACCAUCCGUGAUCCGUCUCCGGACUUCUGGAACUCGCAAGCCCGUUCCAGCAUCGAACAAGCUCUCGGGCUCGAGGUCAACACCAAACCGGCCAAGAACGUCAUCGUCUUCGUCGGCGAUGGCAUGGACGUGUCCACCGUGGUCUCCUCCAGGAUACGACAGGGGCAACAGGCAGGCGUUGAGGGGGUCAGCAACGUCCUCGCUUGGGAUGCCUUUCCCCAUGGCGGUCUCGUAAAGACGUAUUCUACCGACGCCCAAGCAGCCGACUCUGCAAGCACCUCAACGGCUAUCUUCGGCGGCGUGAAGACCAAGGACGGAGUGUUGGGACUCGACGAUGACGCUAAACGAGGUGAUUGUGCAUCGGCUACCGGCAACGAAGUCGCCUCCAACCUACAUCUUGCACAUGCCGAAGGAAAAGCUACUGGCUUCGUCACCUCUGACAGCGUCACAGGAGCCACGGUUGCUGCCCUCUACGCUCAUUCACCGGAGAGGGAUUGGCAGAGCGACGCAGAUAUACCUCGAAAGCAGGAAGAGUGCAAUGACUUGGCUUAUCAAUUGAUCAUGGAAAACGACUUCAUCAAUGUCAUCCUCGGUGGCGGGAGACAGGAAUUUCUUCCAACUCGCGUCGAGGAUCCUGAGUAUUAUGACGUCACAGGCCGACGUGAGGAUGGGAACAAUCUGAUAGGUCAGUGGCAAGGAGAGAAAGAAGCCUCCAGCUCGCACUACGUGUGGAACAAGGAAGAUUUUGACAACGUUGAGCCUACCACAACCGACUAUCUACUAGGUUUGUUUGAACCCGGUCGCAUGCAGUACGGAGCCGAUCGCGCAGCCGACGGAGCAGGGGAACCUUCCCUGGCAGAAAUGACUGAGAAAGCCAUCAAAGUCUUGGGGAGAGAUGAAGAUGGAUUCUUUCUCGUGGUUGAAAGUGCCUUGAUAGACUUCAGUCACCACGCGGGACGAGCUAACGAUGCCUUAGCCGAGACCAUUGAGCUAGCUGACGCUGUAGACAUGGCAACACAGAUGACCGAUCCCGAUUCCACGCUUAUUGUCGUCACAUCCGACCACGCCCACACCAUGGGCAUCAUGGGAUACCCCAGCAAGGAUAACCCCAUCCUCGGUAUCGUUGAUGAUCAAGAGUCAGCUGACCGCUUGCCCUACACCACAUUGACCUAUCUGAACGGGCCCGGUGGGGUCAAUGUCCAGACCAACUGGGCUAACAACGGCAAUAGACGAGAUUAUAGCGGUGUUGAUACAGAGUCACGAACCUGGCAACAGGACGCCAUCAUCCCUCUUGAAGCCGAGACUCACGGCGGAGCAGACGUCCCCGUUUACGCUCAGGGACCUUGGUCUCACAUCUUUGCUGGCGUUCACGAGCAGAACUACAUCGCACACGCCGUGCGUCACGCCGCAUGCCUUGACGCAGCUGCCAGCAGCGCUUGCGAUUUGAGCGCGACUCAAGAUGACGUCAUGGAAAUGAGAGGAGCUCGCCCCGCCUAUCAGAAGCGCUAAGACACGGUACUUGCUUGUUGAACACGAUGCGUCAUUUCGAUUGCGUCAUUUACAUACGGUAACCAAGCCGAUGAAGGCAAUGCACCCAUACGCCGAUAAUUCAACGAUUUGCUUGCUCCUUUCAUUUUCAAUCACGUUUUGUUUGUUUUCACUCUCACAGGGUGCCUCAAAAAACCGAUUCUACGUCAGGCCAUUUGACGUCUUGUGAACAACGGAUGGGCCGUUUAUUAAUCUCAUAUUUUUCGGAUCAAAUGCUUUUAUUUUUUGCUUGCUCUUCGCUUUUCUUCUCGUUUUCGUUCUUAAUAAUCUGAGUCUUGAAUAUCAUUCUAGUGUUUCUGAAUUGAUUUAGUAUUCAUUAUUUGCCCUAUAAAUCAAUUUGCUAAAUCUAAUGUUUUCUAUGAAUUAUUAUGGUGAAAUGGGAAUAUUAAUAUGAAAAUAGAUUUGCAAACACUGUCAUAUCGCAAGAAUCACACUUCACUACUAAGCAUUCUGGUACAGUUUUUCUUAAGUCGUUUUUCCCCUUCUUUGACAAGCACUUCUGGACGGAAUAUCACUAAACAAAGUUUACUGUUUUACGAACGACGCAUUUAUACUGCAGUCAAUUUUUCACACUAACCGAGUUCCUAAAUUAAAUCAUAACUUGAAAAUUCAUUUUGAUCCCUAACCCUAACCCGACAUCUUUUAUGUCUUUGACGGAAGACGGCAAAUGUCGGUUCACCAUUUCCUCUAAUAUACUUCUAUUUAGCACAUUAUUCAUUUAAGUAGAUACAUCGUCACGGUGUUUUAUUCUCUUAUUUUCGUUCGCUUUGCCUUAGAUUUGUUCACAUUAUUAACACUUUAUUGUACCUCUUAUUGCUCGUGUUUAGAUCUGUAUGUUGAAAACCUAAAUUGAUUACAAAAGAGUAUCAUAAAUCUUUUUAUCGACUAUUGUCUUAUUGUGACGCGCCUGCGUGCGCUUGGAGACAAGACUAGUUAAUAAAGGGUUCGUGAUCGUAGACAUCUUGACACAUA